UGGCACACCCUCACACUCCCACUUUACAAUGUCAGCAGCUCAAAAUCCUCUGCUUAAUUCAGCUCAACUCCACCCCAGUUCUGCUUGAUGCCACCAAAUCGGCCAUUUCUUGCUUGUUUCCUGCUCUUUUUUGACCUCUCUCUCUCUGUCUCUCUCUGACCUCUUUUUUUCUCCAUGGACAUAUAAAAUUGCACCCCUGGCCAUGGCAUGCCUCUCUUCUUCUCCCUCUACUAAACCUGUUAGUGAGGCUUAAACCUCACCACCAAUCCACCUACAAGGCUUGCAAAGUUGCAGGCCACUUUCCUGCGGUGCUUAGAACACAAGCAAGAACACAGAUUUGCAAGUGACACCAGCAGCAGCUAAUCCUACAGCAUCAGCUCACCUCAUCUCUUCAUUAACGUGUUAUUGAGUACGGUGUACACUCGAGUGCAGUUUGAAUUGCGGUGGCAGCAAUUGUGCGCAGUAGCUUGAGCUGCAGAGAUGCCUCCUGGUACGAGCAUUAGUAGUCGAAGCAGGUGGCGGAGGGCGUGCGCGGCGCCGCUGCUGCUGUGCGCGCUCGUCAUGGCGUGCAUGGGCUGCGCCCUCGCCGUGGACGCGCAGGGCGCCGAGCUGCUCGCGUGGAAGCGCACGCUGCGUGGCGGAGCGGAGGCCCUCGGGGACUGGAAGGAGUCGGACGCGUCGCCGUGCGGGUGGACGGGCGUGUCGUGCAAUGCCGCGGGGCGCGUCACCGAACUGAGCCUGCAGUUUGUCGACCUGCACGGCGGCGUGCCGGCCGACCUGUCCGCCAUGGGCGCCACGCUCGCGCGGCUGGUGCUCACCGGUACCAACCUGUCGGGUCCGAUCCCGCCACAGCUCGUCGCGGACCUGCCGGCGCUGACGCACCUCGACCUCAGCAACAACACGCUCACGGGCCCGAUGCCGGCGAGCCUGUGCCGGCCAGGGAGCAAGCUGGAGAGCCUGUACGUCAACUCCAACCGCCUCGAGGGCGCCAUUCCGGACGCCAUGGGCAACCUCACUGCGCUGCGCGAGCUCAUCAUCUACGACAACCAGCUCGAGGGCACCAUCCCGGCGUCCAUCGGGCAGAUGGCCAGCCUCGAGGUGCUCCGCGGCGGCGGCAACAAGAACCUCCAGGGCGCGCUCCCUCAGGAGAUCGGCAACUGCUCCAAGCUCACCAUGCUCGGCCUCGCCGAAACCAGCAUUUCCGGCCCGCUUCCGGCGAGCCUCGGCCAGCUCAAGAACCUCAGCACGCUGGCCAUCUACACCGCGAUGCUCUCCGGCCCGAUACCGCCGGAGCUCGGCCAAUGCAGCAGCUUGGAAAACAUCUACCUGUACGAGAACGCGCUCUCCGGGUCGAUCCCGCCGCAGCUCGGUAAGCUCAGCAACCUCAAGAACCUGUUGCUGUGGCAGAAUAACCUCGUCGGCGUCAUCCCGCCGGAGCUGGGGGCGUGCGCGGGGCUCACCGUGCUGGACCUGUCCAUGAACGGCCUCACCGGGCAUAUCCCGGCGUCGCUCGGGAACCUGACGUCGCUGCAGGAGCUGCAGCUCAGCGUGAACAAGGUGUCAGGCCCAAUCCCGGCAGAGCUCGCGCGGUGCACCAACCUUACCGACCUCGAGCUCGACAACAACCAGAUAUCCGGCGGCAUCCCAGCCGAGAUCGGCAAGCUCACGGCGCUGCGGAUGCUCUACCUCUGGGCCAACCAGCUCACGGGGAGCAUCCCGCCGGAGAUCGGCGGCUGCGCGAGCCUCGAGUCGCUCGACCUGUCGCAGAACGCGCUCACCGGACCCAUCCCGAAGUCCCUGUUCUGGCUGCCGCGGUUGUCCAAGCUGCUGCUCAUCGACGACACCCUCUCCGGCGAGAUACCGCCGGACAUCGGCAAUUGCACGUCGCUCGUCCGGUUUCGGGCGAGCGGCAACCACCUCGCCGGCCCAAUUCCUCCGGAGGUCGGUAAGCUUUCAAACCUCAGCUUCUUGGACCUCAGAUCGAACAGGCUGUCAGGUGCCAUCCCGGCGGAGAUCGCCGGGUGCCGGAACCUCACGUUCGUCGACCUUCACGGCAAUGCCAUCACGGGCGUGUUGCCGCCGGGGCUGUUCCACGACAUGCUAUCGCUGCAAUACCUUGACCUCUCGUACAACACCAUCGGCGGCGCGAUCCCAUCGGACGUUGGCAAGCUCGGUUCGCUCACCAAGCUCAUUCUUGGCGGGAACAGGCUCUCCGGUCAGAUACCACCGGAGAUCGGCUCGUGCUCACGGCUUCAGCUCCUGGACCUCGGCGGCAACUCGCUGUCCGGUGCGAUACCGGCGAGCAUCGGCAAGAUUCCGGGGUUGGAGAUUGCUCUCAACCUGAGCUGCAACGGCUUGUCCGGCGCAAUACCCAAGGAGUUCGCAGGGCUCGCGCGGCUCGGCGUGGUCGACGUGUCGCACAACGAGCUCUCCGGCGAUCUUCAGCCGCUGUCCGCGCUUCAGAACCUCGUUGCCCUCAACAUCUCAUUCAACAACUUCGCCGGCCGCGUGCCGGAGACGGCGUUCUUCGCGAAGCUGCCCACGAGCGACGUGGAAGGCAACCCAGCGCUGUGCCUCUCGCGGUGCCCUGGCGACGCCAGUGACCGCGAGCGCGCGGCACGGCGCGCCGCUCGUGUCGCCACCGCUGUCCUGCUCUCCACUCUCGUCGUCCUCCUCGCUGCCGCGGCGUUCGUCCUCCUUGGCCGGCGCAAACGCCCCGUGUUCGGCGGCGCGCGCCCCGACGAGGACAAGGACGCCGAGAUGUUGCCGCCGUGGGACGUCACGCUGUACCAGAAGCUGGAAAUCAGCGUGGGCGACGUGGCUCGCAGCCUCACGCCGGCGAACGUCAUCGGGCAGGGCUGGUCCGGAUCGGUGUAUCGCGCGAGCGUCCCGUCCACAGGCGUCACCAUCGCCGUCAAGAAGUUCCGGUCGUGCGACGAGGCGUCGGCCGAAGCGUUCGCCUGCGAGAUCGGCGUCCUGCCCCGGGUGCGGCACCGCAACAUCGUGCGGCUCCUGGGGUGGGCGGCCAACCGUCGGACGCGCCUCCUCUUCUACGACUACCUCCCGAACGGCACCCUCGGCGACCUGCUGCACAGCGGCGGCUCGACUGGCGCUGCCGUGGUGGAGUGGGAGGUGCGGCUCUCGAUUGCCGUCGGCGUGGCCGAGGGCCUCGCGUACCUCCACCACGACUGCGUGCCGGCGAUCCUCCACCGCGACGUCAAGGCCGACAACAUCCUCCUCGGCGAGCGCUACGAGGCGUGCCUUGCCGACUUCGGCCUCGCCCGGGUCGCAGAGAACGGCGCCAACUCGUCUCCCCCGCCAUUCGCCGGGUCGUACGGAUACAUCGCUCCCGAGUACGGGUGCAUGACCAAGAUCACGACCAAGAGCGACGUGUACAGCUUCGGAGUGGUGCUACUGGAGGUAAUCACCGGCCGGCGCCCGGUGGAGCCGGCAUUCGGGGAGGGGCGAAGCGUGGUGCAGUGGGUGCGCGAGCACCUCCGCCAGAAGCGUGAUCCGGCGGACGUGAUCGACCCUCGGCUACAAGGCCGGCCGGACACACAGGUGCAAGAGAUGUUGCAGGCUCUUGGGAUCGCCCUGCUAUGCGCCAGCACGCGUCCCGAGGACCGGCCGACCAUGAAGGACGCGGCGGCACUUCUGCGUGGCCUCCGAAACGACGACGGCGCUGAGGCACGGAAGGUCAGUGGCGGGUCCGGGGCCAAACCGGACUCGGCAAAGUGGGCCGCCAUCUCGCCGACGAAACCGACACCCCUCAGGCACCCCGCCCAAGCUCAGUCCCAGUCCAGCUCCUUGGCCUACUCAACAUCAGGGAGCGUAGCUUAGCCCCAAGAGGAACCAAUGGCGCCAAGCAUGCCACUGCGAGGUGUGCGACGGUCGGCAUGGUUGUGUUGACUGCACUGCGUCGAGCCCAUGAACUCUCAUCGUGUCGUCUGAUCGCCGCUCGCCGCCAGGGCGAGGGAGAGAAGGGGAGCGGGCGCGGACAAGUUGGGAUCAGCUGAUCAUGACCUUGUGGCCUUGUGGGCCGGAGGCGAGGUGGGGGAAGAAGGCGCCACCUGGGAUCAAAGCAAGCAAGCGAUACUUCCUUCUUGUGUACCAUACACAUAGCUGUACCUGUAACAGAAAUGCAUCUUGCACCAAAUUUUCUCUCGUGGCUCGUCUUACUUUCUUAGGCGGUGAUGUGAUGCUCUUGGCCUCUUUAGGAGGUUCUACUGGUGAAAACUCAAUUCCAAUUUUUUCGGAUAAGCAAAGGAGACACCUUUGACGUCAUGCCGUCCUUAGUGA